GAUAAAUUGCCGGGCAAUUCAUGCCAAUCCUUGGCAUAUGGCAAAUCCGAUAGCAUCAUCCAUGGCAACUGGUAACAUCGUGACGUGGAUGGGUGGCAACGCUCUCAGAGACAUGGAAGAGAAUUGCCAUAAUUUAGUAAAAGAUUGCUGCAGUUCCGGGAAAAAUGGCAUAACUUUAAACAAAAUGGCACAAAAGUGGACGGACGAGGGCAGCUCCAAAAACAUAAGAAUUGACAUCAGGAGGGACAGGAAUCAGGUCAAGAGUUCAGCAGGAGGCCAUCGUCCAAGUAAAUACAUCAAGAGGUCCAGGGGGGUAAAAGUCGUCCAACAGAGUAAAAUAAUUAUCAUAAAAUCAGGGCAGGUUGACCCCGUUGUCCAAAUUUACCCGGGAGGAGAUCGUCAGGAGAAGGUCCAGUAGAUUUGUCAAAA